AUGUACCACUCUACGACGCCACAUCUCGCGUCUCGCCAACCGAAUCCAACUCUUUCAUGUUCUCAUCCCUCAUCCAGCCGUCUUCUAUCCAUCCCGCGGUUCUCGAAAGGUACGGGGCCCGCGUCCCCACUUCUGCCGAUCUUGGUCUCUGACGUACAGAACCGAGAUAUCAUCGGCGGAGUGAACGGAGGAUUCCCGGCUUACUACUACAGUACGCCUCCGCGCCUCCGCCUAAAAGCACAACAGAUAUCAGGUCGCCUUUCUUUUCCUUGGAACUGCUGCACGAAUGCGAAAGGGUUUGAAUGUAAUAAAGUUUUUGGAAUGAAAGUAUCAAUACAUGAAUAUAAAUAA